GGUGUGGCUGCGGGGAAGAGGCCCCGCCCCUCCAGAAUGCUUCUCCAAGGCGUGUCCAUGGCGACGGCAGCGGUGGCGGCGGCGGCGGCGCUGCGAGCCUGUGGAGGCGCCGCCGCCGCCGGGGUCUCAGUGCUAGCUGCAGAAUCUACAAAAAAUAUGGAGACUACUGUCAGCAAAACCAGUGAAUCAGAGGAAGACUAUGGCGAGGAAGAGGAGUCAGAGGAGGAAAGUGUUAAAAAGGCUACAGACCCCUCUAAUGCUUCGCAACAGAGCAGCACAGAGGCAGUUGGGAAUGGGGUCCCCGCUUCCACUGUCAAGAAGUCUCCGAAGAAAGUAGCAGCUCCCUCUGAGCCAGAGGACUCGGAUAUUGGGAGGAAAAGGAGACGUCGGAAACGAAAGCUCCUGACUAUCAACCUGACCAAUUGCAAGUAUGAAAGUGUUCGACGAGCAGCCCAGCUCUGUGGCCUGAAGGAGGUGGGGGAAGAUGAGGAAUGGACGGUUUAUUGGACUGACUGUUCUGUCUCACUGGAGCGUGUUAUGGACAUGAAGAGGUUUCAGAAAAUCAACCACUUUCCAGGAAUGACAGAAAUCUGUCGCAAAGAUCUGCUGGCCCGGAAUCUCAACCGCAUGCAUAAGCUCUAUCCUUCCGAGUAUAAUAUCUUCCCCCGGACCUGGUGCCUCCCUGCAGACUAUGGGGACUUUCAGAACCAUGGACGUCAGCGGAAAACUCGUACUUAUAUCUGUAAGCCAGACAGUGGCUGCCAGGGACGGGGUAUCUUCAUCACCCGGAAUCCUCGGGAGAUCAAACCAGGGGAGCAUAUGAUCUGUCAGCAGUAUAUAUCUAAGCCUUUCCUCAUCGAUGGCUUCAAGUUUGAUAUGAGAAUCUAUGUCCUGAUCACAUCCUGUGACCCACUUCGUGUCUUCAUGUAUGAAGAAGGUUUAGCCCGCUUUGCUACCAUGCCGUACAUGGAACCCAGCAUCAGCAAUCUGGAUGAUGUCUGCAUGCACCUGACCAACUAUGCUAUCAACAAACACAAUGAGAAUUUUGUCCGGGAUGAGACUAUAGGCAGUAAGAGGAAGCUGUCAACACUCAAUACCUGGCUGAGGGACCACAGCUACGAGCCAAGAGAACUGUGGGGGGAUAUCGAGGACAUCAUCAUCAAGACUGUAAUCUCCGCUCAUUCCGUCCUUCGACACAACUAUCGAACCUGCUUUCCACAGUAUUUGGGUAGUGGUACUUGUGCCUGCUUUGAGAUCCUUGGCUUUGAUAUCUUAUUGGACCACAAGCUGAAGCCCUGGCUGCUAGAGGUAAAUCACUCUCCAAGCUUCACCACAGACUCAUGCCUUGACCGGGAAGUGAAGGAUGCACUUCUUGGUGAUGCCAUGAACCUUAUCAACUUACGAGGCUGUGACAAAAAGAAGGUGCUAGAAGAAGAUAAACGGAGAGUUAAGGAACGACUUUUCCAAUGUCAUCAACAGCCACGAGAAUCCCGGCAUGAUUCCUACAAGCGAGAACAAUUGGAGUCAUCAAAUGCGGCAUUGCUGGAUCAGGAGAGGUAUGAGAACUCCCACCUAGGUGGCUAUCGGCGUAUCUACCCUGGGCCAGAUACUGAAAAGUAUGCACCAUUCUUCAAGCACAAUGGCUCCCUUUUCCAGGAGACUGCUGCCUCCAAAGCCAGGGAAGAAUGUGCCAGGCAGCAACUGGAGGAGAUUCGCCUGAAGCAGGAACAGCUUGAGGCCACAGGCAACAAUAACAUCAAGAAGAGGAAAGAAAAUAAGGAUGUCAACCAGGGUGAAUCAGCAGGAGAGAAGAACAGGCCCAGGGUGGGGCCCAAGAGCCUGCCCUCUCGUCUGAGCUACAUGAGGUCUAGGAACCAAGAAAAGCAGCUGCCAACAGUACAGGUGGACACCAUGCAACCUCAAGAUAUUGUGGAGGAAGAGGAGCUGGAGCGGAUGAAGUCCCUUCUCCAAAGGGAAAAUCUUAUUCGUAGUCUGGGUAUUGUAGAUCAGCUUACCCGUUUGCUGCACCCUACUCAACGAUCCCAGAACAAAUUCCCUUCAAAUCGGGCUAGAUUUCACCAGGACGGACUUGGCAACCGAGAUGUGCAGUCUGUGAAUUUCGUCCCUUUGUCCCUUCUAAGAGAAGGGUCCAUCACAGAACUGGGUCCUAACUUCAUACAACCAGUCCGGACUCACACAUUCAUCCCCAACAUCUUGGGCCCAUUGUCAAAUAUGAGGGCAACCAUCCCCCACCCCUCCCAGUGCCAGCUGCAGCCCAAGAACCUCAACUGGUUAGGUACCUCUUCUACGUUAGGUACCUCUUCUGCAGGCAGUGGUUCGAACUCACUUACAAUGAAGAAGUCAGGCAGACGUUAUUUUUCCAGUGCCCGAUGCAAGCAUGAGAGCCAGGGCCAAACAAACAGAAGGCUAGAAGCUAUGAACCGGGCAUUGGCAGGAUCAGUGCCGCCCUCCCUAACCCCAAGGCAGGGCUACCUUCUGCACCCUGAGAGAGAGGCAAGUGACUCCUGGGCUGGCUGCAGCUUGCCCUCCAUGACAGAAUCCAGGCACAGAGCCACAGCCCGUGAGCUGACAUUGUGCCCUGCCUCAGCACCCCUUCUCCAGCACUCUACUGCACUGGGUCUCCUCAACAUCAGCCACCACAGACAUCUGAAACAACAGAAAAAACAAAUUCUGUUCCAGAAAAUUGGGAGAGAGAUGAUGCCCUCAGGUGCCCCACAAAGGAUUCUGAGCAGGAAUGCCAUGGUGCAGAUCAGGUAUUUACAUAAGGAAUUCUCUAAGGAUUGGUCAGUUUCCAGAUUAGCUGAAGGCUUUGGAGUCAGCACCGAUGUGAUCAGAAGGGUUUUAAAGAGUGUGGCUCACAUCUUAACCAAAGAAGCAGCUGUUACGGACAUCGCGGUACUGCAGGCCGCCUUGCUGCACGACACUGUGGAAGAUACGGAUACUACUUUAGAGGAGGUGGAGGAACAUUUUGGGGCAGAGGUGAGGUCCAUCGUAGAAGAAGUGACUGAUAACAAAGCACUGUCCAAGCUAGAACGAAAGCAGCUGCAGGUGAAGAACGCUGCGCACAGCAGCCGGCCGGCCAAGCUGGUGAAACUUGCAGAUAAACUGUACAACCUUCGAGACUUGAAGCGGUGCACCCCAGUCGGUAAAUGUAAUCAGCAGACAUGUGGGUCAGAGAGGGAUAGAAAGCCCCUUCUGUGGAUACAGGAUGGUCUGAGCAAAGGGUUCAGGAGUACUUUGAGUGGGCAGCACAAGUGGCAAAGGGCCUUCAGGGCACAAGCCCUCAAAUGGAAGAGGCACUGCAGAAACUCUUCCAAGAACGAGGACUGUCACUGUGAGCAGCAGUGGGAAACCAGAAAUGCUGUCAAGAGUUUGGCCUAAUUUGGGCCAAGAAGAGGAUUCAUCAAUCAAUUCUGAAAUUUGUUUUUUUUGGGUUCUUUUAUAAUAUUGAAGCCCAUCCCAAAGCAUAUUGGUUCCUUUGAUAAAAAAAAAAAAUAUUACAAACCGGGGAGACUUGCAUUCUUCAUGCUCCCCGAGUUAAAUACUGAUUUGUGGAAAUCAAAAUGCCUUCAGUCCUUUAUAAUAUACAGUCAUCUUGAAGAUUGCUCUCAGGGUCCUGUUGCUUCUUUUUAAAUUGGGUUCACUGAUAAUAGUGGUGACAUAAAAACUUUUUUUUUGUUUACCA